CAUUAAACAUACUGUCGUUUACCCUGAAUAUUCACAGAAACAUACUACUUUCUGACAAGUAUUCAUUAAGCGGUGCAGCAGAGCUGCUCUAAGACAACUGUUGACAAAUGUGUUCAGAUUGCAACACUGUUCCAAUGUUUAUGAAAUGUUUGAGUCUUUUGAGUGCACUAAAUACAUAAACACUCACGAUUGUUAUCACACAACAUAGGAACAAUAAGAAUUAAAUAAAAAAAAACACGAAGUGAUUUUACAUACUUGGCUGACUGCUGAUUAAGCUCCAAAGUUCAAUAAAAUUACACUGGUACCAUGCAGGAGGCAUUUAUAAAUAUCAAUUCAAUUCCGACUCACAUUAUCUCGUGGGCACCAUGGAUUGAGGAAUCUUUUCCCAAGAAAGAAGUCGUCAUUUGCAUAACUGGUAAUCCGGGACUGCCUGGCUUUUACACUAAAUUUUCGAAAACCAUUCAUGAUCACAUCGACCCGGAUACACCGGUUUGGGUUAUAGGACAUGCUGGUCACGAUGAGCCGCCUGAAACCAGUUUACGUAGGGUUCCUCCGCUUCGUGGAAACGAAGACAAAUACAAUUUGGAUGCUCAAAUUAAACACAAAUUGGAGUUCAUUGAAACAUACGUUCCGGACGAUGUAAAAAUUCAUCUAAUCGGACAUUCCAUUGGAGCUUGGAUGAUCAUCGAGAUGUUAAAGCGAGAGCCGGCAAUUCGUGACAAGAUUCAGCAUUCAUAUCUACUAUUUCCAACCAUUGAACGGAUGGCCGUUUCGCCGAACGGAUUCUAUUUCACCAAAAUAUUCCAAAAGAUUUGGUUUCUACUGCGAUUCAUUGUGAUAAUAUUCUCCAAACUUCCUGUAUUCUUUAAAGUAUUUCUGUUGUCGAUCUACUUUUGGAUGGCCUCAAUUCCUCGCCAAUUCCUCGGCACUGGAUUGAAAUAUUCGCACCUUACGAUCAUGGAAAAGGUUCUUUUUCUAGCUAAUGAAGAAAUGGAGCGGGUUGUUGAAUUGGAUCCAGCUACGCUGGAAACUUUGCGCAACAAUCACCAGAUUUUGAAAUUCUAUUAUGGUGCUAGUGAUGGAUGGACUCCAUUGAAAUAUUGUCAUCAAUUGAAAGAAAAAAUACCGGAACUAGAUUUGGAAAUUGAUACGCGAAAAUUUGAUCAUGCUUUUGUAAUAAAAUCGUCCGAGGAAGUGGGAAGAAUGGUAGCUGACUGGAUUAUGCAUAGGCGAAGAUAUUGAAAAUGGGGGCGAUUGGCUUAUGAUCAAAUUCUAGCCAUGAAUGGAAGUGAUCCUAAAUAAAAUAAAAGUUUUUUUUACUGGUGGUAAUUUAUUCAAAUCAGUUCUAAUAAAAAGUCUUGAGGUGGUUGAUACACAA